AAAACCAGAAAAAACUAGUGAAAGAAUAAGUAAGGAAAGCAAGGGAGAUCCAAUGGCAGAGAGAGAAGACGAUGUGAAGCUUCUAGGCUUUUGGGCAAGCCCUUUUAGCCGUAGAGUCGAGAUGGCUCUCAAACUUAAAGGCGUGCCUUACGAGUACUUGGAGCAAGACCUGAUGAACAAGAGCCCUUUGCUUCUUGAGCUGAACCCGGUUUACAAGAAGGUUCCGGUUCUUGUCCAUAAAGGUAAAGUAUUACUCGAGUCGCAUCUGAUUCUCGAAUACAUCGAUCAAACAUGGACAAACAAUCCAAUUCUUCCUCGAGAUCCUUACGAGAAAGCUAUGGCUUUCUUCUGGGCCAAGGUUAUUGAUGAACAGGUGGCAAUAAGGUUCGCGUCUCUGGUGAAGGCAGAGAAGGGAAUAGAGGUUGUAAUUGAGGAGGCUCGAGAAGUCAUUAUGUUUCUUGAGAAGGAAGUCACCGGAAAAGAUUUCUUCGGUUGCAAGACAAUAGGAUUUUUGGACAUGGUUGCAGGAAGCAUGAUCCCGUUUUGUUUGGCUCGUGGUUGGGAAGGUAUGGGGAUUGAUAUGAUUUCAGAGGAGAAGUUUCCAGAGCUAAACAGAUGGAUCAAGAAGUUGAAUGAAAUUGAGAUCAACAAUCCAAUUCUUCCUCAAGAUCCUUACGAGAAAGCCAUGGCUUUCUUCUGGGCCAAGUUCGUUGAUGAACAGGUCGGACCAGGAGGGUUCAGGUCUGUGGUAAAAGCAGAGAAGGGAAUAGACGUUGCAAUCGAGGAGGCUCGAGAACUCAUCACCUUUCUUGAAAAGGAAGUCACUGGAAAAGAUUUUUUCGGCGGCAAGACAAUCGGAUUCUUGGACAUGGUCGCAGGAAGUAUGAUUCCGUUUUGUUUGUCUCGGGCUUGGGAAGGUAUGGGAAUUGAUAUGAUCCCAGAGGAGAAGUUUCCUGAACUAAACAGAUGGAUCAAGAAGUUGAAAGAAAUUGAGAUCGUGAGGGAAUGUAUACCUCAUAAAGAGAAACAAAUUGAACACAUGAUGAAAGUCGCAGAGCGAUACAAAUCGGCCUAAUUAAUAGAAAUAUUUGAUGUUUGCAUCGUCUCGUUAUGUGAAAGUUGUAUGAACAAUCUACUAAAUAAAAAUAAUACUCCAACACAGUAGAAAAAGAAGAAGUAAAAGGCUAUUUACAUGGUCAAAUUAUCACAAAGCGUGGGUUAAUGUGAACAUAUUUAUUUUG